CUAACAAUAGGCUAGUAAUAGCAUAUUAUUACUCCGUAUAAGUUCACCUUGAAGUCAUGGGCACCAUCUUUUACCCCGACCUAUUUCCAUAUGAAGAGCCAAACUUGCCGUGGGCCGAUGGAGAGAGACCUGAUCGGUCCACUCUGAAUCCUUACGGUUUUUGGAAUGGAAAGUAUGUCAAAGAUGAUGAACCCCUAUGCCGUUAUACGAUGCCGCUCUACUUGUGCAGCCUCUGCGGUGACAACACUUCACCAGAUCCUACUGGAAUUGAAAAAUGGUCCGUGAUCAUAGCACACUGGGGGCCAUUUCCAAUCGGCAUUUUUGCCUUGUGGUGUGUUUAUGUUAGGUUCGAUCUUCUGAAAGAGAGAAUCUAUUCUCCGUUUCUCCUUCUGGUUUCGAUUUUCAAUCUAGGAGGUAAGUAUUUUUGCGUCUGCAAGAGUUGGCUGCUCGCUCGUUUCCGACCGGACUAUCAAUCCACGCAUUGAAAACGUUGGGAGCUAAGGUUCCGUUAAUCCUUGUGGCUAUCUCUGUGCACCCUGACGACUUAUAGGUCGUGGACUCUACAGCCAAGCCCCGUACUGACUCACCCUGCUAGACCCCCAGGGCGUCGUCGGUGAUCUAAAUCCCCCCGAAGCGACCAGCGCAGUCCUUGAUAUUAUGCAGUCCCACUCCUGAUUGAUUUUAUUCUAUUCCCUUCCGCCUCUAACAAGACAUUGUCCUCGUGUAAUUUUACUUUUGUCUCUUCGAAAGUUGGGAGUAUGGCCGAAGCUGACAGCCACUACUUCACCAUGAAUUGGAAUGCUUGCUACGACUCUGCAGAAACCUUUGCCAAAUUGUACUUCUACAUCUUUAUUGGUUCUGGUUUUGCUAUUCAGUGUCUUUCAUUGAGGAAGGCAGGUGUCCCACUUAUUCGCACACCUUCCGGUGCCUGUGAUUGGUUCUUUUUUGUCCUCGAUUUGCUUUUGAUAUUCUUCACCAUUCUUACCCCAAUCGUUUGGGCUCUGAUCGCGCAAAAACCGGCAACGACAAUGUUCAUUGUAACGCAAUCUAUAGCUGCGAUUUGUUGUAUUCCACGCGUCUACUCAAAUCUUGGCCCCUCGACAAUCCAUCUUGUUGGUGGAAUUCUGUGUCAAGUAAUUGCCGUUGUUGGAGCCAUUCCAAUUGUAGACUGGUUGACGUUCACCGGAAAUCAAUACAUCCAUGUUCUCCUCGCCUUUACAUUUGUAUUGAAUGAAGGCGGUAUUUUUUACCUAGUCUACAUCAUGGUGGAUCCAAAAAAAGCUGAGGCUGGGAGAGGAGAAAAUGCACCUUUGAUUUGAUUGGUUAACAAAAGAGAAGUAUUGACGUAUCAUUGUUUUUUGAGAUUAUUUGAAGAGGGCCCACAGAACGACAUAUUUGGCAAAGAAUAAGUCAUAAAGAAGUAU